AUGCUGGAAAUCGCGAAACAAAAGAAUUGUUAUACAAAUCUCAUUAACUCUUUGGUCACUAAAGAUAUAAGACUUCCGAUUGAAGACAAGACAUACGAUGUGGUAAUAAUGGCCGGUUGUCUCUGUCCCGGACAUAUCAGAUGGAAUUCAUUCCCACAAAUCAUACGAGUCGUGAAAACAGAUGCCCGCAUUCUGGAUAUCGGGAUGGGAACGGGAAAUGUGGGAAUACAUCUCAAACAAAACGGUUACACAAACAUCGAUGGACUCGACGCCUCACCAGAGAUGGUGGAAAUCGCGAAACAAAGAAAUUGCUAUAAAAAUCUUAUCUGUUCUUCGGUUGAGAAAGAAACAAGACUUCCGAUUGAAGACAAGACAUACGACGUGGUAAUAAUGGCCGGUUGUCUCUGUCCCGGACAUAUCAGAUGGAAUUCAUUCCCACAAAUCAUACGAAUUGUUAAAACAGGAGGAGUGGUGUUUUGGUUCGUCGCCGUCUCCAAGACUUUUGAGGAGAAGGACGAAGACUUCCGGAACGGAAACAACGAAAAUCUGGUCAAAUCUCUAACAACUGAAGGAAAAUGGGAUUACAUUAACGGAUACCCAAAAAGAGUAGAGAAUUAUAUGAUAGGAACUGAAGGCGAUAUAUACGCUAUGAAAGUGCAAUAAAUACUAUAAAUCUGAUUUGACACCAUUUAAUAUUGAC